AUGUCCAACACAACAGAUCAAUUCUCAACUAAUCAGAUCAGUAUAACCCAUCAAAGCGAUCGUAGUAAAUAUAUUGGAACACUUUAUGCUAUCAUUGCAGGACUUUCGUUUUUGUUAUUCUCAAUCAUGGCAUUCUUGAUGUGUCAUCCACCUUUUCGAAAAGAGAUUCGUAGAUUGUUUAGUUCGAAAUCACCUCAUUCAAUGCCAUCAAACCAUCAUGAGAUCGAUUCAGGAGAAUCCAAUAUCACUUAUUGUGGUAGUUCGACCAAGAAACUUUCGACCGAAUUGAAAUGUAUUCAAACUGAUCAUCCUACAAUGAUGGCCCCCUUAACUUAUGCUUUACCUACUUUGGGUACUUUGUCUUUGAAUACAACUGUUAAACCAUCUUCGAUUAAUCCUGAAAGUCCAAUCUCACCUUUAACGAUUCAUGGUCAUCUCAAGACUCCUUUACCUAUCAAAACUCAAAUCACUCAACCUGUCUUGCUUCCAACCCAAGAUCAUCAUUCGAUCCCAAACUUACGUCAUCCUCAUACCAUCUCACCUAUCUUGAAAAACUCUCAAUCACAUUCGAAUCAUUCAAGAAGCUCAAGUUCGAAUCAUGAAAUGAAAUCGAUUCGUGAAGAUUAUGCUGGGUUGAAUCGUCGAACCGAUUCGAAUUAUUUGUCGGCUUCUUUACCUCCUAUUCACCAUCGUCAAAGGUUUUCGUUAUUUGAUUUUAAUGAUCAUUCCAAUGAAUCAGUACACGAUCAUCAAGUCAGAUCGAAAUCCACUCCAUUAGACCUUAAUCCAGACCACCAAUGUUACUGUAAACCUUUGAACCGAACAUCUGCUUCGACCUUCAUAGCUUCUCCCAUCAGCUUCCAAGAAGAAGAAAACUUUCAUCAUCGAUUAUCUCAAGACGUUUCAAUUUCAAACGAAGAUCUUUAUUCAUUAAACUCUUGUCAAGUCUUUCCAGGUGGUUCGGAUUCUCAUUCGAUCGAUCAACAACCUAAUACGAUUGAUCAUCUGGUUAUGAGUCAUAAGUCUCUUAUCAAUGAAUCGGUGGAGAAUGAUAAUCUUUCGUUGGAAAGUAAUGAGUUUUAUCGUGGUAGAACUAGAUCUCGUCCAACGACUAUUAUUAAUUCUUGA